AAGAGGAGGUUAAGGUUUUGUUAAGUAUCUGGGGAGAAAAAAGCAUACGAAAACGACUCCAUGGAACCCUCAGAAAUAAAGGAGUCUUUAUUUACAUCUCGAGCCAGCUGCAAGCAUUAGGCGUUCACAGAAACUGGAAACUGUGCUGGGCAAAGUACAAAAAUCUCAAAUAAGAAUACAGGACAGUCAAAUGUGCUCACAACUCUGGAGACGGCUCUAAGACGAUGAAGUUCUUCCGCGACUUGAAGGCGAUCCUGCAGCUCGAACCUGCCACAUCUGUAACUGAGGAGGAUGUAAGCGGCAGGUGUCUGGCUAUGGCCAGCCCCAGCCAAGCCCGAGAGACCACGGAAGGGGAAAUGCCUGUUGCAUUAGAAGAUGAAGACAACAUCUCGGGAAAUCCUUUACUUGUGGUUUCUCAUGGUAGACGACUGGAACUAGGUAGCUCUACAGCGAUGGAUCCUUCCAGUGAUUCAACUUUCAUCCCAGCUGUUGCAAACGAAGGAGGAAAGCACUGGACUAUGCCCGAAGUCAAGGCUCUAAUAGGCAUCUGGUCUGAUGAGACCAUCCAACAACAGUUAGAGGGAACUGUCCGAAAUAAAAGGAUAUUUGAAGAAAUUGCUGCCAAGCUUCAGAAAUUGGGAGUUGAGAGAGACUGGAAGCAGUGCAGAACAAAGUACAAGAACCUAAAACACGAAUACAAGAUUCUAAGAAUGGCCCAAGACCUAGGCAUGGCCAAGAGCAUGAAAUUUUUUACUCAGUUGGAUGCUAUUCUGCGAUACAAUACAAAAGAAAAAUCACCAGAACAGGAACUCCAAAACAGAGACCACGUCCCAGAAUGUGCCAGUGUGAAAAUGGAAGAAGCUUACACAGGUAGGAAGCAUCCCGUUACAGUACAGAGAAAUACUCAUUAGCACACCACAAUGAACACACUGCGUCUAGGUUAAGCAGGUGUCACCAGAUGCUGUUCAACAAGCUGAAUCCUGACUUAACAAUCAGACAAGCUUCUCCAGCAUGAGAGAAUAAUAGUUAUACUAAGUGAGAAAAGAAAGUUGGGAUUCCAGAAUAAUGCUUACAAAAAUAAAUCAGUGUUAACAUGGCAAAUAUGCAAUCCCUGGUGGGAGAAGCUAAAGCAAGUUUUCUCAUCCAUGGUGGUAGAGCUGUGAGUGAAGAUGGUGCAGCCCUGGGAAGAAGUUAGCAAGUACAAAGAUUCAUGGGCAUGUUUUAGAAGCAGCAAAUUCUUCUGGGCCACCAAAAUACCGUUCUUCAAAGCACAUCUAACCCAACAGACACACACAUACACAGAGAUAGAGGGAGGAGCCCUGGUGGUGUAGUAGUUACA